AACACCUUUCAGUCCUUUCUUGAUUGUGUUUCAUUUGGAUCAAAUCAGGUCAUCUUGCUCUUCUUUGGGUCUUAAAUCUGUCAUGCACUUCACUUCAAAAAAAAAAAAGAAAAAAAUGUCGGUCAUGCACUUACUUAGGAGGGCUAUAUUCUCUUCUUCGUGUUUUCUAGAUCUUGUUUUAGAAGCCUCUUACUGAGAAUUAGCAGAAACCUGGAGUGUGUCUUGGAUCGAAAUUGGAUAUCGAAUAAUAGUCAUCGUGCUUGCUAACAAAAAGAAGAAGCAAUAGUCUUCUCACCCCACUGAGUUGUUCAAGAUGUGUUUUACUCUUCAGCUCAGAAAAAGAUGCAUUUUGUUGUUAAUGUUGCAGUAAGGUUCACCCAGAAGGUCCACAUACAUGAUUUAUGUAAUCUAUUGUUGGUUGCAGAAGUUUGUGCGUUGGUUGGUUUCUUAUGACAGCUUCUUUUCCCAUACUAACAAAUGUUUCCAAUUUUUCUGAGUGUUUUGCCUGCUCUUACCAGAGAGGGGAACAAUGUUUUUUGAGAGGCCAACCACAUGUGGUUUUAUAUGAUUUACCAGAAUUUUAUUGUAACCCAAAAGGUAGCUAUUGGCUCAUAGACUCAAUUUCUAGAGGAAGAUAUAUCUGGCCGUUCCUCCUUUUGAAGAACACAACAUACCACACCUCUGUUUUAUUUGAAUCCACCAUGUUCUGUUUCCAGUUGAUGGUCUUCUAUCCUAUAUUGUGAUACCGUAGGUCUACUUCGAACUAGAAGACUUUUCCUGUAUCUCCAUCUCUCUGUAGUUACAAACUUUAUUUAGAUCUCUACCUCUUAUCUUUGUACUCAAUUAAAGAAAGUUCUCUGCGAGGGGGUGGUUUUCAGAUAUUGAUCUAUUCCCCCAUUUUCAUUCUUUCUCUGCAAGAGGGUGGGGUUUUCAUUCUGUGGUUGGGGAAUACCAACAAUGGCUGUUCAAAUCAUUUGCGAGGUUGUUUGAAAACUAGUUUCUUUAUACCGUGAGGUAGAUCCCUGACUGCAAUGCUGCUGCAGGGCCUAUAGGAAUGGGAACAAAACUGCAUGGCAACCAUAAUGUCUUCACUGCCUUGCUGAAUAACAACCAUCAUGUAGUUACUAUUGAUCCAAACACUUCAGGUAAUUGGGACAGGUUCAAGAAUAUACUGCUCAAGGAAGGCAACCAGACUGCUUUCAAUUGUAUUCAAGAGUUGUCCAUGGAUACAUUCCAAAACAACAGAGAAUCUAUCAGGAAUACAAUGCUGAGGCAAGAAGAAAUAUUCAGACAGCAGGUGCAAGAUCUCCAUCGGCUGUACAGUGUUCAGAAGAUGCUAAUGGCUGAGAUAAGAAGUAAACAGGACAAGCUCCAAUCUCCCACAAUUGCUACUUCCAUAGUCUUCACAGAUACAAAGACCAGAUUUCGCGGCAGUACAUCUACCUCAGAGACCAGUCAUUCUUCUCAUGUCCGUAGCACACAUCACUCCACUGCACAUCUAAACUCAGAGUACAGUUCUCUACAUCACUACCACACAAGGGCAGGCCCAAGUUCACGAGAGCUAAGCAUCUACUCAGAAGACCCUUUAAGAGCACAGAAGGGCUUUGAUCUUGGACAGCCUUCUGAAGACCGCACCUUCACAGAAGUUGGGCAUACUCAGGAUCACCCCACCAACUUGGGUAAGCAUCUGAAAGAAAAGAUGAAGGCAGAAGGCUCAGAUUUGUGGCCUGAGGACGAGAGUGAUGUUGACCUAACACUCAGCAUAGGAUGUGGCACAGAUAAGAAGAGAUCAAAACAUUGGCCUAGCUUGAAUGAGGAAAUAAGCUUCUCUAAUUCAACUCCAAGUGAUAUCAGGCCGCUGCUUUUGUCUACAACAUCCAGACCAGGGAGAGCAGAGGAAUGCGGCGAUCACUCCACCGGCUUUGACAGAGAAAGCUUGCAGACACCUCCCUGGCUUUUCCAAGCUUUGGAUUUGAACAAGACGUAACCUCAAAAAUUGCACGUAUCCUUUUGGCAGAGGCAUUUGCUUUUCUAUGGGGUUCCAACUUCAGUGCAUCAGCACCCAUUCGAGUGGCAGCUCUCAUGCAGGAACAUGCUUCCUGAAGCCUAUAAAGUCUUCUCAACACUGCUUCUCAUACUCUUCUGGAUAUCGCUUUCGAGCUUCAAAAAUUCUUUCAUUGGAUCAGUUUUUAUGGGUUUCAAGAUUGAUUUUAAUCAGUGGGAGAACAUCACUGAUUCGGCUAAAUACUGAACAAACUCCAAGUCCCUCCAAACAAGGUUUUCAAAGGAGUGAAGUCAUCAUAGGCCUGGGAGUUUUGGACUUGAUCGAUUUGUACGGCAACAAAAGGUUAUCUAUAUUUCCUUAUUGAAUAUGAAAUGAGCUUUGGGAAUAGGGCAAGCAACUAUGUUUAACUACAAUCAUUGUAGUCAAGCAAAACGAACUCAUAGGAAAAUGUAGAUAGCACAAGUGUUGGUCAAGAGUUGGCAGUAUCUACACCAUGGGAACUUGGAGGGGCAAGGAUGGAACAAAGAAGAAAUGCAAGAAAAGGAUUUGAAAAUCUCUUAAAAUGCAUCUUCCCCCAAAUAAAGAAUCGGUUUGAUUUCGCAUACAUUACUCCAGCGCAUUAUGACAAUGUUGAAUCAAUUUUCCCAAAUAAAUUUGUGAUCUGUAUUGAAAAGAUGAGAUUCUUUUGUACAGCUAACAAUAAAGAGCAGCUCUA